ACCCCUCGCGACCUCUCCCGCCGCCGCCGCCGUCCUCCUCCACCUCCUCCGCUCUCUCGCGCACGGCGCACGCGCCCGAAGCCCUAGACCCCCCGGCGGCGAAGAUGGCGGCGGAAGGCGGUGCCGCCGCUCGGGCGCUGUCCCAGCGGGAGCAGGACAUCCAGAUGAUGCUCGCCGCGGACGUCCACCUCGGCACCAAGAACUGCGACUUCCAGAUGGAGCGCUACGUCUACAAGCGCCGCACUGACGGUAUCUACAUUAUUAACCUUGGCAAGACCUGGGAGAAGCUCCAGUUGGCUGCGAGGGUCAUUGUUGCAAUUGAAAACCCUCAGGACAUCAUUGUGCAGUCUGCGAGGCCCUAUGGCCAGAGGGCUGUUCUCAAGUUUGCUCAGUACACUGGUGCUCACGCCAUUGCUGGUAGGCACACUCCUGGUACAUUUACCAACCAGCUGCAGACCUCAUUCAGUGAGCCACGCCUUCUUAUCCUGACUGACCCCAGGACUGAUCAUCAGCCAAUUAAGGAGUCUGCACUUGGAAACAUUCCUACCAUUGCCUUCUGUGACACUGACUCUCCAAUGCGCUAUGUUGAUAUUGGUAUUCCUGCUAACAACAAGGGGAAGCAGAGCAUUGGUUGCCUAUUCUGGCUUCUUGCCAGGAUGGUUCUCCAGAUGCGUGGUACAAUUCUCCCAGGACACAAGUGGGAUGUCAUGGUUGAUCUGUUCUUCUACAGGGACCCAGAGGAAGCGAAGGAGCAAGAGGAAGAAGAGGCGGCUCUGGUGGCUCCUGAUUAUGGUGCGGUUGCGGAAUAUGCUGCCCCAGCGGCUGAUACCUGGGGUGGAGAAUGGGGCACUGACGCUGCAGCUCAACCUGCUGCCAUUCCAGCACAGGCUGGUGCUGACUGGACUGCUGCUCCAGCUCCUGCAGCCGGAGGAUGGGACACGGCUGCUGCCCCUGCCCCUGGAUGGGAACAAGGCAGUGCACCAGUCCCAGCGGCAGCACCCACCCCUAACUGGGGGGAGUGAGUGAAAGAGUAACUGAUCCAGUUCAUGGGUCAGAGGCUGAGUUUGUUGUCGGGAGCAGCUGGUAGACACUAUUUAAGUAGCUUUAAUCUUUUUACAGUACUGAGUUAUUUAGAUGCAAAUCAAAUUUUGUGUUCUUGACAAUGCUGGGACUGCGAACUAGCCAGCCUUUUUUUUGUUACAAUCUCAUGGAUAGCUUUAUUUCAAGAGCAAUUCUGCUUUGCGAACAAAGUGUAUGUGUUUGCAACAACAAAUUGAUGGGGUUUUCUCCUCAUAGUUCUUAUUGUUCACUGUCAGAUCAAUGCUAUGCUCUUUUCACUGUA